CCCAGCUCAGCAAUCUCUGCAGGGAGGACGCGGGCAGCCGGCUGCUCUGAGGCUGCGCACCGCGAGGAGUUCCCACGGUCCCGCAGCAGAUUUCUGCAGUGGAACUCCAACGGGGCAGGAUGAUUUGGGAAGUCACUGUGUUGCUCAGCUUGGUCCUGGGAAUUGGUGCUGUUCCCCUGGAUGACCCUGAGGAUGGAGGCAAGCACUGGGUGGUGAUUGUCGCAGGAUCAAAUGGCUGGUAUAAUUACAGGCACCAGGCAGAUGCGUGCCAUGCCUACCAGAUCGUUCACCGAAAUGGGAUCCCUGAUGAGCAGAUCAUCGUGAUGAUGUAUGACGACAUCGCCAACUCUGAAGACAAUCCCACCCCGGGAGUUGUGAUCAACAGGCCCAAUGGCUCAGACGUGUACCAGGGCGUGGUGAAGGACUACACGGGCGAGGAUGUCACCCCGAAGAAUUUCCUUGCUGUGUUGAGAGGUGAUGCAGAAGCAGUGAAGGGCGUAGGAUCUGGAAAGGUCUUAAAGAGUGGCCCCCGGGACCACGUGUUCGUUUACUUCACGGAUCACGGAGCCACUGGAAUACUGGUGUUUCCUAACGAGGAUCUUCAUGUAAAGGACCUGAAUGAGACCAUCCAUUACAUGUACAAACACAAGAUGUACCAAAAGAUGGUGUUCUACAUUGAAGCCUGCGAGUCUGGGUCCAUGAUGAACCACCUGCCACCCGACAUCAAUGUUUAUGCAACUACGGCUGCCAACCCCAAGGAGUCGUCCUAUGCCUGUUACUAUGAUGAGCAGCGGUCCACGUACCUGGGGGACUGGUACAGUGUCAACUGGAUGGAAGAUUCAGACGUGGAGGAUUUGACCAAAGAGACCCUCCACAAGCAGUACCAGCUGGUGAAAUCCCACACCAACACCAGCCACGUUAUGCAGUAUGGGAACAAGUCCAUCUCUGCCAUGAAGUUGAUGCAGUUUCAGGGUAUGAAACACAAAGCUAGCUCUCCCAUCUCGCUGCCCCCCGUCAGUCGCCUUGACCUCACUCCAAGCCCCGAGGUGCCACUCACCAUCAUGAAAAGGAAGCUGAUGAGCAGCAACGAUCUGCAGGAGUCCAGGCGUCUUGUCCAGAAGAUCGACAGGCAUCUGGAGGCCAGGAAUAUCAUUGAGAAGUCAGUGCAGAAGAUUGUCACCUUGGUCUCAGGGUCUGCCGCCGAGGUGGACAGGCUCCUGUCCCAGAGAGCCCCGCUCACAGAUCACGAGUGCUACCAGACGGCCGUGUCACACUUCCGCUCACACUGCUUCAACUGGCACAACCCCACGUAUGAGUAUGCUUUGAGACAUUUGUACGUGCUGGUCAACCUUUGUGAAAACCCUUAUCCGAUUGACAGAAUAAAAUUGUCCAUGAACAAGGUGUGCCUUGGUUACUACUGAAACACUGCCUCCUUGAAGCUUUACCAAAUGUGAUCACCGUCCCUUAGAAUGUGUGCUGAUCAGAGACUGGAGAGCUGGAGCCUGAGGGAGGCUCCCGUCCCCCAGCCCCAGCGGCUGUAGGUCCUCCCAGGGAUGCGGUCAGGCCACCGGAGCCACGCUCCAGGCCUCUCCCAGGAUGGCUUGCUCACCUUUACCCACUUCCCCCAGCACCUGCAGGUCCUGUGUGAUCCUCUGAAAAGCCCAGAGACUUGGGAAGCUCAAGCUCUGUGUUGAGAAGUGUGUGUUUGCUUUUUAAGAGGGUGUUUUGCCCAUGACGUUUAAGGAGUAAGAAGUUCACUGGGACUUCUGUGGCCAAUGAAAGAGUCUUUGUUCUGCGGAAUCUGAUGUCAGAACCUCUUAAUUCUUUACGUGAUUUUCUGGAAGAGGGACACAAAUCCCAAAUGGAAAACUAUUUUUCAAAAAUAGCGUAAUUUUGGAUUGCUUUUAUAUUUUAUUUGGUAGUAAUGGACAAGUUUAAAAAAUAAAGAUUUAUCACUGCAUCUGAGUAUGAAUUUCAGGUCCCCGACGUCUUCGUUUAUGUUCCGGGCCCCUCCUAGCGGAGCCCCCCGCCAUCCGUCUGUCUCCUGUCCCCUUCCCCGCCCCGCUGGUUGGCUCUUCCUGCCAGCACCCCCGUCCCCCUACUUGCUGUACUUUUCAGCCUCCUGUGCCUUUGUUCCUUGCUGUGGCUGUACCCUGGAGCGCCUGCCCCUCCGCCUGGCCCAUCCUCAAGGUGUAUCUGAAAGUGCCCUGUCUUCCUCAACUUCCUGCUCUCCUCUGUCUGUUGGUAUUUGCAUUUCCCUUGGAUCCUUUCCGGCACAUGUUCGGGUCUGCCAUAUGCCGCACAUGGGGUCUGGGAGGUUAUCUUUGAGGGCAGAGGGUGCCUGCGUUACCCUUGUUUCUCUUGGCCUGGUGUCCCACAAGGGGUGAUACCCACCAUAGCUUUGUGAAAGACAUUUCAAAAGAACACUAAGUCUCCCCAGGCAGUAGAAUAUUAAGCGGCAACAAAAAAGGAUGAAGCUCUGAUACAGCUCCAGCAUUUAGCUUAGGGAAAGCAGCCAGUUACCUAAGACCCCUGUAUUACAUGAUUCCAUUGUAUCUAAGGUCCAAAAUAAACAAGUCUACUGAAAUGGAAAGUAGAUGCGUGAUGCUGGGAACUGGGGAGAGGAAAUGUGGAAAUAAUCAAUGCUAAUGGGGAUGUGGAUUAAAGGAACACUAAACCAGGACACUUGUGACCACCUCUGUUUAUGUAGUGUCUUCUUUAGCAGUGAUAGAUGCCUUCAAAGUUUGGAGGUAGAGACUGAAAGUAGAGAUAGUGUCAAACAGGGUUAAUUCCAGGGUGAUACUUCUGUUUCUAAUGGGCCUGUUUUUAUUCAGGUUAUCCUUUCUCUGAGGCUGUCUUAAUACAGUCAAUCCUGUGACCAGGAUAAAGAACUUUUACUGUCCUGUGAAUCUAGGGGAGCUUUAGGGUUUUAACAAGUACAAGAAGCAUAUGGUGUUUAAAUAUUCAUCACUAAAGCUCAAGAAUGGGCAACCCUCAGGGCUGACUGAUGUUCAAAAAGUAGAAUUUUUAAAAGGAGUCUCUUAAAACACAAGAUCCAGGUAGGGAAAACUCUGUCCUCUUUCCUAGAACUGUUACCUGCGCUUGUAACCCUGCUUCCCUCUUUUUCUUUGUCCUCCCUGUAGAACAAAAAUAUAUUUAACUAUUUAACAAGUGCAGAAACUUGACUGUUCAUGGCUCUAGAGGUUAAAAGAGGCUUGUUCAUUUUCUCAAAUAAAUGACAGUUUCCUAAGUCA